AUGGUUAAGUUGAGUUUAUGGAAUUUGGAGGAUUCGAGGGAAGGAAGGUUUGGUCAUAGACAGAUGUCUGAGGAAAAGAUUGUGGAAAAUGCUUUCAUGGAGGGAGAAAGAGCAAUCAGAUUCAUCGUCAACCCAGCGAAACCUCCAUCUCUUACCUGGAAGAGAAAACUAAAUAGCGAAGAUCACCCUUUCGCGUUUUCAAUGAAUUGGAAGGAGAUAAUUCACUUGGCCCCCAUAGGUAUUCGGAUUCUGCAGCUUAUUCGAGAAGAGGCUGCCAAAGGAAAGCGGGUUUUUAUCAAUCCAUUUCUUAAGCGCUUACUAACAUCUUCUCAAGGCAUUCCUCUUGGUGGAAUGGGCAGCAUUGGAACUAGUUACAGAGGUGGAUUUCAGCGCUUUCAAAUGUUCCCUCGAAUUUGUGAAGAUAAACAGAUUCCAGCAAAUCAAUUUUCGUUUUUGUUUCACGCUCAAAUGGUGAAAAACGUUCUACUGUACUGUGCGAAGGACCUCAGAGGUGCUCAAGGGAAUAAUUCGACAUAUCACGCUUUGUAUCCAAGGGCUUGGACUGUAUAUGAGGGUGAACCUGACCCCGAACUACAAUUGUUCUCGCCAAAUUUCUCCUAUUAUACCCCAAAUUACAAAGAGAGCAGCUUCCCUGUAUCAGUUUUUACCUUCACGCUAAUAAUUCCGGAAAGACUUCUGCAGACGUCACCUUGCUUUUCACAUGGACAAUUUAUCCUUAGUGCCUUGUUUUGUGAUACUGGAAACUCCCAGGGUUUAACAGCAAAAGAUAUGUGGCAUGAAAUAAAAGAGCAUGGAUCCUUCGAUCGCCUUAAUUCUACUGAAACAUCAAAGCCUCAGAGCAGGGAUCAUCUAUUGGGGCAGCUAUUGGCUUCUGUGAAAGUCCCACCGGGUGCAGUGCGCAAUGUUACAUUUUCAUUGGCAUGGGAUUGCCCAGAAGUGAGAUUUUUUAGUGGAAAGACAUAUUAUCGGCGUUACACGAAAAUCUAUGGUACUCAUGGAGAUGCAGCUGCAAGUAGCCAUGAUGCUAUUCUUGAGCAUGGAAAUUGGGAAUCACAGAUAGAAGCAUGGCAAAGACCUAUUCUUGAAGACAAGAGGCUUCCUGAAUGGUACCCUAUCACUCUAUUUAAUGAGCUCUAUUACCUAAAUUCAGGGGGCACCAUUUGGACUGAUGGCUCACCUCCUGUUCAUAGUUUAAUACACAUUGGUGAUAGGAAGUUUUCCCUAGAUAGGUCACAAUCAGAUUUGAAGAAAAAUGUUGACGUACCCAAUCAUAAUGAUACUGCCGUAAACAUUCUUGAGAAGAUGACUUCAAUUUUUGAGCUAUUACACACUCCAGUCGCACUCAGUUCUGCUUUCGGAACAAAUUUACUUGAAGAUGGUGAAGAAAACAUUGGCCAAUUCCUUUAUCUUGAAGGAAUUGAAUAUCCCAUGUGGAACACCUAUGAUGUUCAUUUCUACUCAUCUUUUUCAUUGAUCAUGCUAUUUCCUAAACUUGAACUCAGUGUCCAAAGAGACUUUGCAGCAGCAGUAAUGAUGCAUGAUCCCAGUAAGAUGAAACUUAUACAUGAUGGACAAUGGGUCCCCAGAAAGGUCCUUGGAGCUGUUCCCCAUGAUAUUGGAAUUGAUGACCCCUGGUUUGAAGUAAAUGGCUACUGUCUUUAUGACACGUGUCGAUGGAAAGACUUGAAUCCAAAAUUUGUUCUCCAAGUUUACAGGGAUGUGGUUGCCACAGGGGACAAGAAGUUUGCACAAGCUGUUUGGCCCUCAGUUUAUGUUGCGAUGGCAUAUAUGGACCAAUUUGAUAAGGAUGGUGAUGGGAUGAUUGAGAAUGAUGGCUUCCCAGAUCAGACGUAUGAUACAUGGUCUGUCUCUGGUGUGAGUGCAUACAGUGGAGGCCUAUGGGUGGCAGCAUUGCAGGCCACAUCAGCAUUGGCACAUGAAGUUGGUGACAAGGGUUCUGAGGAUUAUUUCUGGUGGAAAUUUCAGAAAGCAAAAGUUGUAUAUGAGAAAUUGUGGAAUGGGUCUUACUUCAAUUAUGACAAUAGUGGUAGCUGCUCAAGUUCAUCUAUUCAAGCUGAUCAAUUGGCUGGACAAUGGUAUGCCCGAGCAUGUGGUCUUUCACCGAUUGUUGAUGAAGACAAAGCGAGAAGUGCAUUAGAAAAGGUUUUUAACUAUAAUGUCUUGAAGAUUAUGGAUGGAAAGCGGGGAGCGGUAAAUGGGAUGCUACCUGAUGGAACAGUUGACAUGACAACAUUGCAGUCAAGAGAAAUAUGGUCCGGUGUCACAUAUGCUGUUGCUGCAACGAUGAUCCAUGAAGAUUUGGUCGAUAUCGGAUUUCAAACUGCUAGUGGAAUCUAUGAAGCAACAUGGUCUGAAAAUGGACUUGGCUAUUCUUUCCAAACUCCAGAAGCUUGGACCACCGAUGGUGGAUUCAGAGCGCUAUGUUACAUGCGUCCAUUGGCCAUAUGGGCAAUGCAAUGGGCUCUAACAAGGCCAAAACCUUCUAACAAUGAGAUGAAACCAGAAGUAAACGAAGAAUCUUUGUAUAGGUAUCAUGCCGGAUUCUGUAAAGUUGCUCGCCUUCUAAAGGUACCGGAUGAGAAAGUGCGUAAAAGUCUUUUACAAUCACUCUUUGAUUACACUUGCAAGAGGAUGUUUCCAUAAUCGAUUGGUUCCUGUAACUUAUUACUGUCAUCCAUUUUUGUGUACAAUAAGAAAAUUCAUCACAGAAAGAAAAGAAAUAUUGGGGCAUACUAUAGUGCGCUAACAAUAUGAAAUUUUUAUGUAAACUAUAUUGUUCUACUAUUAGUU